AUGGUUCGAUCUCAAUUCCACCCACUCAAAGUGAAUGCAACUACAGGAGAGCCUUUUUUUCCCUUAGAAACUCAUCCAAACAUUAUUCUCACUCCUCCUCGCUUGAGUGACAUUCCAAAGCUCCCAGAUCUCAUGAACGAUCCAGGAGUCUGUGUCUGGCUCACAGGACCACCUCAUCCAUAUACAUUAGAGCAUGCAGAAGCUUGGGUAACGACAACUGUAGAAGAAGCAAAUGGAAUACUACAAGAGCUCAAAGAUGUCGAAGGGAAUGACACUCUCAAACUUGUCGGGGGAUCCCUUAUUCGAUGCAUACGGGAGAUCAAGAAAGAUGGGUCCGAUGUACUUAUCGGCGAUAUUCAUCUACGUCGUUGCGAGUCAAUGGAACUUGCGCCGGGCGUAAAAAACAAUGGUGAACGCUUGGAAGAUUCGGCCAAACUUUUGGGGUUGGUCAACAUGCAACGUGAGAAUGGGGAUCCAGAAAUUCUUUGGUCGGUAGGAUAUCUCCUUGCUACCAGUCAUGCAGGACAGGGGAUUAUGAGCAACGCGUUCAAGGCUGUUCUCCAGCAGUGGGCUAUUCCUCGGAUGGGUGUCCGUCGAAUGAUUGGUGAGAGCUAUGUGGAAAAUUAUGGAAGUCGGAGAGUAAUGGAGAAGAACGGUUUCGUCUUCAGAGAAAUUUUAAAAGGACAUGUCGAAGCGAAAGGCCAAAAGCAUGAUGUCUGCGUAUUCGAUCUGAAUCUUAACGUGUAG